AUGACAGAACUAUUUGUCAGCAGCGAGCCAGCAGCAGCAGCAGCAGCAGCAAGUGGAGCACCGGGUUCUGCUGCUGCUGCUCCCGCGGCUGCCUGUAGGGUGCCGAUCAUCAUAACGGCUUCAGACCCCCUGGCUCCGACCACUGCAGCAGCAGCAGCAGCUGCUGCUGCUGCAACAGGUGCGCUUGCAGCAAACACAGUUCCUGCACUGCAGCUUCCCCCGCAGCAGCAGCAGCAGCAGCAACGGGAGCUUUCGGGCGCGGACGGGCAGCAUGUGGACCCUGCGGGGGCGUCUGCAGCAGCAGCAGCUGCUGCUGCUGCUGAAGCAACUGCAGCAGAAGUAGCUGCUGAGGAGGAACCCUGCUGCUGCGAUGCUGCAGUAGCAGCAGGCCAGGGCUGCAGCAGCUGCAUCAUGAGACACAGUGCUGCAGGAGCUGCUGCAGCAGAUCUCCCCACAAGACCGCUGGUGGUGCUUUAUGCCGACUUUAGUGAGUCUCAGCUGCUGCUGCUGCUGCUGCUGCGUUUGCUGCUGCUGCGCACCCUGCUUUCUGCUGCUGCACCGGGAGCCGCCAGCUGCUGCUGCUCUGUCCCCCAGCAGCAGCAGGGUGAGGUGCAGCAACGCUGA